UCCAGCAAAUCAGAGCUGUGAUGUGGAGCCAAUGAGGAAGCCCUCCGAAAUCCAGAUGCUUACGUCACUGCCAGGUCACCCAAUCCGGACAGAAACACCCUCUGCUCUCCGCUUUCCCCUCUCAAAGUUUGGACUUUUGAGGUAGGCUAAUAGACACUGGAAACAGAUGAUAAUGUUUUAUUAUCUCAAAGAACUCCUUGAACACAACAGAGAAAGUGUCUUUUUAUCGUCCGGUUUGAGUCAGACUUGUGUGAAGUGGAGCUGAAUCUGGGAAACCUGCGUGGGAACCCACACUCCGGCGGUGGAACACACUUAUUUUUGGUGCUUUGUGCUGGUUCUCAAAGUGGGAUUUUUCUGACAAAUUCAGCCUGCGAUGGACAUUUAAUGUGACUCAGAGAGCAGAGUGGAUUUGUCGCUGUUCCGUGCGUAAGGCCACCCUCCAAAGACGCACAGAACCGCCGCUCCACAAGGCGCACACCAGCCGGACCCUUCAGACCAGUCCCCGCCGCACAUUGACUGUUGGUUAUGUUAGCCGUGGGUCAGAUGGACGGGUCCCGACAGAGCGCCUUCCUCCUCAGCACCCCUCCUCUGGCAGCUCUGCACAGCAUGACCGAGAUGAAGACCCCCCUGUACCCGGCCUACCCCCUCUCCUCCACCGGCCCGACCUCAUCUACCUCACCGGCCACCACCUCUCCAAACCCGGGGGGCAUGGCCGUGUCCUCCCCGGGGAUCAAAACCUCCACGGGACUGUCUUCGGGGCUCGGUUCCCCUCAGCAGUGCACCUCCGCCACCCCACACGGAAUAAAUGACAUCCUCAACCGGCCCACGGCGGCUUCCGUGGGAGCCACAGUCGCCGUGGCCGCCGCCUCUUCCUCGGCGGGGAUCUUGUCAGGACUGCCCCGGUUCAGCAGCCUCAGCCCGCCGCCGCCUCCCGGACUUUACUUCAGCCCCAGCGCGGCGGCGGUGGCGGUGGCCCGGUACCCGAAGCCCCUGGCGGAUCUCCCGGGCAGGACGCCGAUCUUUUGGCCCGGAGUCAUGCAGAGUCCGCACUGGAGAGACGCCAGAUUUGCGUGUUCACCCCAUCAGAAUUCCGUGUUACUGGACAAAGAUGGGAAAAGAAAACACACACGGCCCACGUUUUCUGGACAACAGAUUUUUGCGCUGGAAAAGACUUUUGAACAGACUAAAUAUCUGGCAGGGCCGGAGAGAGCACGGCUGGCUUACUCUUUGGGAAUGACAGAGAGCCAAGUAAAGGUGUGGUUUCAGAACAGGAGGACUAAAUGGAGGAAAAAGCACGCAGCGGAGAUGGCCACCGCAAAAAAGAAACAGGACUCAGAAACCGAGAGGCUGAAGGGGACGUCGGACAAUGAAGAAGAAGACGAUGACUAUAACAGACCUUUGGACCCUAAUUCAGACGACGAGAAAAUCACACAGCUGCUGAAAAAACACAAACCGAGCUCCUCUCUGUUAAUCCACACGUCAGAAAAUGACAGCUCAUAAUUUUUUAUUCUAUUAUAAUAAUUAUUAUUAUUUUUAUGGGACAUGAAAUAAACGAACUCUCGGAGUCGUGCGCAUUUUGUGAUCACAUUCUACGCUUUUUCCUCCAAAUUGACCUUUUUUUUUCUGUUAGUUGUACUUUUUUGCACGAUGAUGGAGAAGACACCUGUCCUGACAAAGUUAGGAGGAGAUGAAAUAGGAUAAACAAUUUUAUGGCCAAAAUACGGACUCUGCAAUUUUAAUGACGUUUCACCGAGAAGAUGGUACUUACUUGUAAAUAGAAGCGUGAGUUGUAUCCAAUAGAAAUUAUACUGCUGUGAAUAAUUUAUGUGUAAAAAGUGUUUUGUACAGACCGCACUGCUGACUCUUCCAGUUCAACAGUCAUCAGAGCUGUUUUUUUUUUUUUUCUUUUUUUUUUUCUUUCGUUUUGUAAUUACUUACAACACAUUUCACAGUGACCUUCAACGCUGGGCCAUAAUGUUUGUGUGGUUAAAAAAGGCCUAUGCAUUUCUUUUAACGCCUUCUUAUAGAAAUCACCACAUUCUCAUUGGGUCAGUGAAGGCCUCUUCAUGCACCAAUCUAAAAAAA